ACAUUGAUUAAGUGAAUAAUUAGUAAAUGUGUAUUUGAAAACACUUUCAGUUCUCAGUUUAUGGCAAAAUUUGUUUAUAUUCAGAGUUUUUGUAUAGUGUGUGUGUGUGUGUGAGAGAGAGAGAGAGAGAGAAACAUGUAUGCUAUGCAGAGCUUUCCAACCCCCACCGUAUGUUUUAGCAUCCGCAUCGGAGAAUCAGUGGGUGACACACACACACACACACACAGAAGUCAGUGCGUUUCCGAUAACAAAGGAAACCUUGCUUUACCCGUGAAGGAGUAAGGAGUAGCCAAGCAAAACAUUUUACUUAAGUCACAAAACUUAACAUUGUAUUUGUUGAAGAGCAUCUUCGCUUUUUGUGUCUGUUCUUAAUUUAGGCUGUUUCUUUGGGAUGAAUGGUGUGGGCCAUUUGAUUUUACAGACCUAAUCGUUUAUUCCUUCAGACGGACAUUCAGAAAUGUUCAAGGAGGAGUGGGGAAUGGUGGAGGGAGCCUUCGUCCCGAGGCGCUGGAAGGCACUGGCUCCUCGCCCAUGUACGGCACAGGCCACUGUAAGUGGUUCAAUGUACGAAUGGGCUUUGGAUUCAUAUCGAUGACAAAUCGCGGAGGAGCACCUAUUGAUCCUCCAAUGGACGUAUUUGUUCACCAAAGUAAGCUGCACAUGGAGGGGUUUAGGAGUCUGAAGGAAGGUGAAGAGGUGGAGUUCACGUUCAAGAAAUCCUCCAAGGGACUGGAGUGUUUGAGGGUGACUGGGCCUGGAGGAGUGUACUGUGUUGGCAGUGAGAAAAGACCCAAAGGGAAAAACAUGCAGCAAAAACGAAAGCCAAAGGGAGACCGCUGUUACAACUGUGGUGGUCUGGACCAUCAUGCCAAAGAGUGUGGCCUCCCUCCUCAACCCAAGAAGUGCCACUACUGCCAGAGUGCCUCCCACAUGGUGGCACACUGUCCCCACAAAUCGCCCUCAGCCUCUCAGGGAAGAUGCAGCUUCGAGCCACCCAGCUCAAGCUCUGUCCAAAUCCCAAGCCCUCAAAGAGCCUCGUACACAUCUCAGGACAGCUCCACCCUUAGCAAAGCCUCUAGCUCUCCCAAGGAGCCCACACCGAAAGCUGCCUCAUCACAACGAAAAAAGAGGAAAAAAUGAGUCGCUUUAUCGCCGCACCAGUCUUUCAGGCUGCCUCGUUUUAUCCAGUUCUUCAUUGUGAGAAUUCUGCUGGAUUCACCCUACCUCAGACCAGCGAGCAAAGGCCAGGUUAACAUCUCUGGCUCUCUUCAAUCUAAAGAGAGGGAACACGUGCUGCUUUUUUUUAAAUUCAUGAUCAACUGCACUGUGAACGAGCGCAAAUGGUUUUCCAGUGCUUUUAAGAGACUGAUACCUCAUGCACAAUAUACAUCUAGCCAGAAUGCCAUUUUACUAAUUUUAUUGCUUAGCUGUUUAUUCUUGACCACGUUAUCCAACUUGAAUGCAGUAUAAAACAUUUAAAACAGCUGCAGGGAUUCUUAACUUCUGUAGGCACACUGUACAAUCUUGAGCCAAAGAAAACAAGAGAUCUGAGGUCUCUUAUGUGUUUUUAAAUGUUUAAACAUGCUUCCUGUCUCCGUAUGCUUAAUUCCCCUUUCCAUUGCUCUAAAGCCACAACAAUCUAUAUUGCCACCCGAUUCAUUCAUCUGAAAGUGACAGCAAUCAUUAGAUGUCUAUAGAGAUUUUUUUUUUUUUUUUUUUUUUUUUUUUAAGUCUUAUUGUUUACAUGUCUUAAAAUCAGGUUCCAAAUUUUAAUCAUGCUUAUUGAUCUUUCUUGUCUAAGUUGUCAGAUUAGAUGCUAGAAUAGUAAUAGUAGUCUCUAGAUACUGUUACUGUUGACUCCAUGGUUACUAUGACGAUAUAUUGUUGUGUGGAAACAAUUGCAGAAACCAUUUACAGCUAAAAGAAUGUGUGUAAUGAGGUUAAGUGCAGUAUUUUAGGCACACAUGCACAAUAUCGGACCGUAUUAUCUGAAGUAACAGAUCUCUUGCUAGGCGUGUUAAUGUAGCGGUCAGACAUGAAGGAUAUGAUGUAAAAGCAGUAGCUAGUUCUAUAUUAGGCAGUCAUGGCAGCAUUUACUGAUUCAUAUAGUGGACAAGCAUACAUGAAGAAGCACAGUGGAUUUUACAAGAGACCCGAUAUAUAUUUUCAUAAAGAAGUAACUUUUGUUUGUUUUAAAAAUCUCUCAUAAAUGUUUAAAGGAAUAUUUUAAUUUUCCAACCUUAACUGAUUAACUGACAUCACUGAACUGUUUUUUGUUUAGAUGUUCACCAUCAUGUUUCCUGCUAAUGACAAAAGAACAGAAUGUGCUUAUUUUUCCUCCACACUCCCUUAUAAAGGAUGUUUAGAGUAGUGGUUGGCGCAGCCAAGUUACAUGUAUGUGAAACUUAUUUUGUAAUCUUUUAGAAAGAAGUGGUUAACAAAUCAGUUUCAGGCUUAUCACGCAUAGAAAUACAAAACCUUUGGGAAAGUGGAAGUGACCAGAAUGACAUUUUAUACUUAUACACUUAUAGUUAUAAUACAUUUUUUAUCCUACUGUAAAUCUUUAUAUGAAUAGAAUCAUGAAUAUACGGUGAUAUCCUCAAAAUCUUUUGCCUCAUCUUAACACCACUGCUGAUAGAGUGCAACUUUGUGGUUGCCUUAUAUUGCUGCAUAAUUUUAAAUGGUUUUUGAAGGAAUUUAAAGAAACCACUUUAGACUUCUAUUAUAAGUGGGAGUGGAGUAAAAGGUUUUGCAUUUGUUGUUUGUUCUUCUAAUUUGAACUUCCUAAUAUGAUUAACUCUUAUGCUGAGAUAGGGGCCAUAUCAGUGAAUAUAUCCGUAGUAAUAAAAAAAUGUUUCUCCUUUGUUCAUUUAAGUAGCUGCUUUGUAAAAUGGAUUAAAUUGAAAGAUUAAUGUAAUGGGAUUAAAAAAAAAAUAGAUUUCACUUUCCAGUUUUCUAGACGUAUGCAUUCGCAUAACCAGAUAUUGCAGGAUUAGUCUUCACUUCAUUUUUUGUUGGAAGACUUUUUGCAUCACCUUGAUGUAUUUUCUUUGACAUGGGAAAUAGGUUUGCCGUGAUUGAACAUCUAGUCAAUCUAAGGUGAAGUAAGUUAAUGGUGCUUAUAUGUUUACAAAUUAUUUAUAUCUUACAUGUAGUUCUUUUCAAGUUAACAGAAGGUGGCGUUAUAGUGAUGAAUGACCAAUCCUUUAUUUUAUUUUAUGUUUCUUAACUCAGCUGUUAGAUUUGUUACCUGUGGCGCCACAAACAUACGCCAAGCUGAAUCCCUGACUGUUACACAGAACUGAACAAUGAGCUUCUCAGUGAGAAGCCUCCUCCUCCUCCUCCUCCUCCUCUCAGGGACUUGUUUAUCAUUUAUGUAACUUUAUGUUUAUAAUCUACAGAUAGUUUAUGUAUAAACAGGCUUCUUAUAUGUGUUUAACUGUUAAAAAAAAAAAAAGUAUAAGAAAUAUAGAGGUUGUAAAAAUUGGAAAUGUUCAUAGAGAAACAGGAUUGUUUCUCGAAAACUGUUAAGUACUACUUUGCAAUUUUUACAUUCUCUAAAUUUAUUACUGAAGUACAAGCUGAUGUACCAAUGUACUAAUGACUUGCUGGACUUUACUUUACUGACAUAUCUGUAGUGAUGGAUGCUUUCUUUUCAGGCAAUAUCAACAGGCUAGUACUGUGCCUGCUGUUUUGAGAAGUUUAGUGCCUCCUUGUGGUCAUGGAGGGUAUUUUCUGAUUGUAGUGUCCGUUUUUUCUUUUCCAGUUUACAGUAACUCCUACCUCAGUGUUUUUGUUCAUAAAGGUCAGAUUACUGCACAAAAGAAGGAUUAUUGCCUUUGACAGUUUGUAAUUAAGAAGAGCAACGUAAGUGACUUUAAAUGCAAUUUACUGUAAAAUGCUUCUGUGUUAUACACACACAAUAUCACGUGUGUGAUUUAAAAACGAGAAAUUCGCGGCUUGUAUUUUUGAUCUGAGAUGUUUCACAGCUGUGCGAGCAAAAAUCUGUUCUAAUCUUCUAAUCCACACAAUGUUUUGGAGUUUUAGAUCUAGAAGUUUUCUUCUUUUCUAAACUUACCUACUGAUGUGAUCAUUGUUCUGUAUAAACAUGAGCAAAUUAUUUUUGUUUUUUGUUAAAAAAAAAAAAAAAAUUAAAUGAAUCUGAGAUUUUGAUUAAAAAAUGGUUGUUCCUCUUAAUAUCCAUGUGCAUUUUUUUGUAAAACAAAAAAAAAAAAAUGUAACCGUCUGUUUGGUUUCCUAUACAAACAUGAAGUGAUCAUAUUUUCACUUCAUUAUGUGACUGAAUGCAAAAGCAUAGAGAACUUCUCAGGAAUAUUUGUCUUCUUAAAGUGACAGAUUUUAAAAUAUAAUAAAUUGACCAAAUGUUUGUGAUUAUUUUAUGUUCUAAAGCUUUCCUCCAGAAUUUCACAGAAUUUUGCGUUUGCAGAAAGCAAAAGAUAUUCGGAGGAUUUUACAAUUUUUUAACAUUACUGCAGAAAUUCCUCAGAUUUGGGCCAAGAUAUAUCAUGUGACAUCACAACACGCAUUCGAAGAUGUAUUGCACAUGGGUGUAGCUAUCAUAGAAAGUAAUUACAUGUGUGUCUCACUGGUAGUGAUUUAAAAGAGGAGACUUGUGCCAAUUCAAGUAGUUUUCAGCAACCCAAAAAAUAAAAUAAAAAAAAAAAAAACCUCAUUGAUUACAUAAUAAAUUUUGAAGAAAAAAAAAGCUGAAGCAAAAAACAAGCAUUUUUGGUUGUACCAAUCACAUAAAA